AUGAACGAGGAAUUCCUAGUGGCUCCGCUUGUUAUGAAGCCUACAAGGAUAUACAACUAUACCCAGCUAAUAGCAUGCCUCAAGGUAAAGCAAAAGAAGCUUGCAAAGUACAAGGCCACCAUACAGCCAACGCCCCUCAAGAAUGUCCUCAGGCCGAAGCAGUGCAGAUUUGAUGUGGAGGACGUGGUUAAUGGGUUUCUACAUGAAAGGCUUAGGUCUAAGCAAAGAGAGCAUGAGAAGUCUGUGGGAAAGGUAUUUUCACAGUGUGUCAAGAAACACAUCAAGGAGCUGAAAAGAGAGAACGAUCUUUUUGUUGUUGGAAGCAGCAAGAUCAGUGGAAAGAUCAGGGUCUUGGAAGAGGUGUUUGAUAAGGAUGCCGACGACAAGGAGGGGGUCCUGGUCUCCAGAAUGGGUGAGAAGAGCAAGUACUUUGACGAUGCCUUUCUGUUUGACAUGUACAUGUUCCUCAAGCACUCAAGGCCCUCGGAUAGCUUUGACCAGGAAAUCAAGUUCCUUGGAGAUGAAUAUCUGAGGUAUGUGGAGAGGUUCUUAAAGGAGAAUGCCGACAAGAUCAAGGAGCCUCUCAGGGGGAACGAAGACAAGAUCUCGGUAUUUACCAAACUUCGCUACAGUAAAGAAGAGUAUGGGCUCGAGGUCUACGAAGGGAGGUACAUGUUUGCGGAGUUGUAUACUCUUUUCAGAUGCGGGCUCCUGGACUCUGUGAGGAACCUUCUUGAGAGGUUCCACGUUUUUUUCGAACACAUCUCGCACAGGUUCAAAACGAGCUUUGGAAACUGGAUGUCCACAAAGUCAAGGCCUGCCGUUCCUGUGAAGAUAGGGGGGGCUGACGACCUCUUCAAGGCAUUUCUCCUUGGACUAAUGGACGAGAGAAACAGGAGGAUGGAUGAACGGAUUAUUGGUAGCAUUGAAGACUUUGUGUGGGUGUACUUAAUUUCGAUGAACGAAGGGGGGUCUGCUUCUGAAGUCCUGAAGAUGUUCAGGAAUUACCAGAAUCCAAAGGGGCUUUUCCUUGCAUAUGUGAUGCUAAAGGACUAUGACAAAGCGAUGAGCUUGAUGUUCAAGGGAGACUUUCCCAUAAUUCCCUCGUACUUCAUAAUGAAGACCCUUUGCCUUCGAUGUACAAAUAAGAAGGUGUUUGUGGACUUUGUGUUCUUGGCAGCCUCUAGGUUUUCUUCAACGCAGAAAAAGGUUGAGCUCAUAAGCUCUCUAAAGGCUACAAUAGAGGGGUACUAUGAUAUAGUUCCUGAGAUGAUAGUCAAGAUGGAGCUGUAUGAUGUUCUUGGAAUUGAUUCUGGGGCCUGUCUGUAUCUCGAUAAGAAGGUCAACCAAAAGGUCAUUGAGAUAUUGAAGGGAAAGAACGAGAAGAAGAAGCUGAUCAAGCUCUACUAUCUUAUUGAUGACGAGACGCUUGUUGUAGACCUCAUUAACGAAGCCAUAACCGAGGCGAUUCUCUCUGACACAGACAUAGAUGAGUAUCUUGAGAUUAUUGAGUACUAUGAGAAGGUGGAGAGUACGAAGCAGACAAGGGUGAUGGCCGCCUUGAAGAGCUUCUACCUAUUUAAGAAGAGCCCUUCCUCCUCUACUCUCGGAGCCACACCGUUACUGGACCCUGACUUUGACUUGAGCAGCUUUAAAUAUGUUGUUGAGAAGAUAUUCAAGUCUGCGUGUGAUGUUGUGGAGAAGGUGGGAGACAACGAGAUGGCAAGAACGCUGUUUAAGCUUUGCGGGGUCCUUGGGCUUGGAGAAGAGAUGUCUGGCUAUGCAAACAGGCAUCUUGUACUACUUAUAUGA